UAUCGAUUAUGGAACAAACCCAUUAUCUUUAACAUUUUUUGGUCAGUAGACAAAACAGGCAAAACAUUGCUCAUGUGAAAGUCAUUUUUAUAUUUGAGACUUUUAUUUUUUUUGGACUUCGAGUUGACUAGGUUCUUGUUUGCAUUUUCCACCUGAAAUUAGUCUCAUAUAUAGCCAUUGAAAUUGUCAAGCUCUUGUGACCUUUUUCGUAAUGCCAUAAAUUUAGAACAGAAAAAUGUCAAAUAUAGAAGUUAAACAUCUGCUAAGACGUAAAAGGCUGAAUGAAAACGAAUGGAAAUUCAUAUGCUUGUUAUUCUACCUACCACUUGGACUAAUCCUUUACUUGUUGAGAUGUUUAUUAGCCACAGUAGUUUUCCUAUUGGGAUAUUUAUUACCUGACACUCCAUUUUCAAGGAAUAUUAUUAACAAAAUUACUUGUCUAAGCUUAGGUAUAACUGUAACGGUUGAAAAUAUUGAGAAGCGAGAAAAUGUUGAAGUAUACAUAGGUAAUAGCCUAUCUUUACUUGAUGGUUUAGUUGUACAUCAGGCAACGAAGGCGAUAUCUAAUGGUCCUAAGUUAAUACCACUUAUUUCAAAAAGCCUUGGACUAUUUGAAUUUGGAAAUACCUCCAAUGCAGAAACCUUCAAGAAGAAUAUAAUGCUGAUUCAAUCACAUGAAAAAUCACCUUUGUUUUUUUCUCCUGAGGGACAAGUUACAAAUGGGAAAGCACUAAUUAAAUUUGAAUCAAACCCAUUUUCUCUCACAAAUAAAGUGCAACCAAUAUGCAUCUCAAUUGAAAGACCGCUCUUGGAUAUAUCAAUCAGUUCUUUAGGAUCUUCACCACUUGUUGACUUAUUUUUCUAUAUGUUCUCACCUUUAACAAACUAUAAGUUGAGGUUUUUGGAUGUCUUGGAGAAAAAAAAUCUUACUAAUGAAGAGUUUGCAGAAAUAGUUAGGCAGAAUAUUGCUACUGGCCUAAAAGUAGAAACCGUUAGUUAUACAGCAAAAGAUCUAAUAGAACUGGAGAAACGUUUACUAAUUGAACAAAAGAGGAUUCGAUCAGAGCAAGCCCUCUCGAAUCCUGGAAAUAUUCCUGUAAUCAGGAGAAUGGCAAGGCAAGUCAAGGAAGUUUUACCUCACGUUCCUUAUGAUGCAAUUUAUUCGGAUUUGUAUCGAACAAGAAAUGUUGACAAUACAAUAACGAACAUCUUGGAAGGCAGAGUAACCUUUCGGCCAGAAACUCCUAGUUCUGAAGGUCAAAGAAGUCAGUUACCAUCAACCUCAUCAAUUUCUUCGUCUAACAGCAAUAUAGUGAUUCCUACUGUGUCUGCUUCAUCUAGUUCUUUGAAUACAGCAGCCAGCAGUUUCUCAAAAUCAGCUCAGGAACGGAGCAAGUCCUUUCAGGAAAGGAAGCAACAGCUUAUUGCUAAUGCUCGUAGAAGAUACAUUGAGAAACAUAAUUUAGACAUCCCUCUGUAAUUCAUCAUUUUUAGAAUUAGUGCCAGAAUCGCAUGGCGGUUUCUUCACCCACAGAGUUCAACAUUGAGUGCUCUAUUUUUAAGGAUAAAUUUAGAAGAAUAAAAUUGAUUUUGAAUAUCCUAGCAUAUUUAUUUAUAUUAUUGAAAUGAUGAAUAAAAUUAUUUUUGUUUUU